AUGUCAGAUUUCAAGGAUAAGAGAGAGUUGUUGAAGCAACCGCUCCAUGGGAUUUAUAUCCCGAUUGCCCUCAUCAUCGUGGGCACUUGCAUCAUCGACUAUCACUACUUGCCAUACACCUUGUCUUUCGUGGCCAUUAUGUGUACUAUCAACUUCAUGGAUGCAUGGAAGAGAAGACACAGCGUGGAUCCAAUCAAGUGGAACGACUUGGAGUUAAUUGACAAGACGGUCAUUUCCAAGAACACCGCCAUCUACAGAUUUAAGUUGAACAAUGAAGAUGAGGUGUUGAAGGUUCCAACCGGACACCAUGUAGCAUGUUGCUUCAGCAUUGAUGGCAAGGACGAGAUCAGAUAUUACUCGCCAAUCUCGAACGAGUUUGAUACGGGCUUUUUUGACAUUUUGGUCAAGUCAUACCCUCAGGGUAAGGUUUCCAAGAGAUUUGCCAUGUUGAAGGAGGGCCAGACGGUCAAGUUCAGAGGUACUGUCGGCAGAUUGGAGUACAAGACCAACAUGGCUAAGGAGAUUGGACUUAUUGCUGGUGGUUCUGGUAUCACGCCGAUUUUGCAGGUGAUCACCAAAAUCAUCACCACACCAGAGGACACUACGAAGAUUAGCUUGAUCUAUGCCAACGAGACAGAAAACGAUAUUUUGUUGAAGAAUGAGUUGGAUGAGAUGGCCAAGAAGUACCCUAACUUCUCUGUCCACUACACGUUGACCACUCCGCCAACCAACUGGACUGGCUCUGUGGGGUAUGUUAAGAAGGACUUGGUAGAGCGUUACAUGCCUAAGCCUUCUGCUGACAACCGUUUGUUUAUCUGUGGACCUCCAGAGAUGAAGAGAAGUCUUAUUGAGAUUUCGUCUGAGUUGGGCUGGGAGAAGACUACCAUGAAGUCUGCUGCCUCUGAUCAGGUGUUCUGUUUUUGA